CACGAACCAUGGCAGCAGAACUCAGACGUCCUUGCAUCUGCAACUAGUGUAGAAGCAGGUGAAUCGCGGUGUGCAAACUGCUGUGUUCAUGGGCCGAAUGGUAAGAAAGCAUCUGAUUAGUUUUAAAGUUUUAUCCUUUCUGGGGACGUUUUUCCUGGGGUGGCCAUUCCCUGGUCAAUGCUGGUGGCUGGUACUGUCGCCCAACCACCAAUUCACAACCAUCACCACCCAGCCUCCUGUAACGAGGUUGCUACUCAAGUUUCCAACCAUAUUUUUUUUCUCUUUUUCAAAAAGUUCGCAUAAUGCAUCUUGUUCUUCUUGCAUCAUCAAUACAUCAUCGCUCCGUCUGCUCCUUUCCGUGAUCUGUAUGGACAGUUAGCCAAGGUUCGUGUUUGGUGGUUGCCCGCAUUUGCCCGUUUGUCACUCCAAGCAUGAACUUCCCCAACUCGGACUUCGAUCCCGUGGAGUCGCCCAGUCCCCGUCUUCAGUAUCCCAACGAGGCAACUCUUCCUCGACUCUCUCGGCGCAAUUCCCAGCCAAGGCGCCUUCCAAGUCCCGUCCUAAACGGCCUGACUUCUCCUUCUCCAAGGCCUUCAGAGUCAGAGUCGUACGCUCCAGAUCGCAUUUUUGAUCCUCCAACCGUGGCACGAGCGUAUGGGCGCCCCGUCAUCAUUGAGGGCCCUUAUCGUCGUGUCCCCGAUAUUCCACCUCUGACACAGGCCCACCACCCUGGCUGGGAGCCAUCAGGGAACUCGGCCAUCAUGACUGACUUCCGGGACGAGCUUGCCAGGCUGGAUGGCGUGGUCACUCCUGGCGUUGAUAACACUCCGUUUAUUCAGUACGCCAUCGAGGCCCUCACCCGCGACCGGGACACCGGCUAUUCAGCCGUCCCAACCGCCAGCAGCGGAACCUCCGGUCCUUCCGCAUACGUGCCGGGAUUGCAGCAGCAGCAGCAGCAUCGGUACCAGCAGGUCGGCCGUGCAGAGCAACAUUUGCCCAACCCCGGUGCUUUACCCAGUCGCCCGCCGCUUGCUGAGAUUGCUGAGCCGCUAUUACGUCCUCAGCAACCACCCCGCCUGUUUGUUCCGAACGCCAGGGAAUCUGCCCACUCUCUCGCCGAGAGUCUCCUCAAGAGCGGCCAGCGCGGCGCCCAGCCCCAUGAAUGGAUGCCCGUUCAAAGAGAGGAGCUUCUCGCCAAGGUCGGUGAGUUAAGGGGCCCUGGGAUCCCGCCUCUCACCUUCAAGCCAUGGCCCUUACGCGCACCGGCGCUAUUUGCUUUCAUAACCGCGUGCACUCUGAUGAUUGCGGCGCUCAUGUUCUGCGCCAUCUACUCCCAUCUGCACAGCGGACUGUCAGGGUGGGAGAGUAUCCACGGAGGACGCUACUUCCUCUUCCGCAUGCUGCCUCAGCUGCUAGGCGCUGUCAUGCUUCUAUACGCUCAAUUCCUCGCGACAACCAUGCUUCGCAUCUUGCCUUUUGUUCGCCUAGCAUCCGAGUUGCGCCAGGAUCGCGAUGGUUCGCUUUUUCAGGAUCUCUACCCUUCUUUCCUCUUGCCCUCCUUGAUCGGGCCGUGGAAUGUCUGGGUUCCCAUUCUGGUAAUCUGGCUGAUGAAUCUCACCAUCCCGCUGCAGAGCUCGCUCUUCACUGUCAUAUUGGUCGACCAGACCUGGACUUGGGCGACUGUACAGGGCGUUGCCUGGACUCUGGUCGCGUUGUACUUGGCCCUCCUUGUGUCGACGGUUAUCGUUUGGCGCUAUUGGACCAACCUGGAGAGCACUGGCCUCAUCUGGGACCCCAGAUCGCUCGCAGACAUUGCAGCCCUCGUAUCUGAGACCAACACCGCCGACGACUACCGAGGCACUCAGCUUGCGCGGAGCAGGGAAGGAAUCCGAUUCGCUCUGCGCCGACGUGCAGGCGACAGAUUGGGCUACUGGACCUGGAAAGAUGGCAGGCCCGGCUUUUGGCACGCCCUCGGGAGCCCUAUGGACGAUGCGAAUCUCAUGCCCAUAUCCGAUUUGGCCGCCGGGCAGCGAAUGGAGCGGCAUGACGAGAAGAAGCACAGCGGCGUCACGAUAUCGGCAGCUGAUCGCGCUGGCUUGAUCGGUGGUUCGGCGGAUCUUGAUGUUGAAGCCGCCGCCCCUGGCGGCCUCUCGACCCAGGCCAGACACCGCUACCUCCCCUGGUGCCUGCGCACCAACCAGCUCCUAUGGUUUACCAUCACAGCUUUUGUUUUCCUCCUAGCCAUUUUUAUCGCCUCCUUCCAUCCGGCCACCCGCAUCACGGCAGGUUUCCUUCCGGGGCUCAGAGCAGAUCCGCAGCCAGGCGCUUUUUCCGCUGCCGAUUUCCUUUACAGCUUCAUCCCUUCUCUGCUGGGGAUGGUUGCCUUUCUCCUCUUCCAACCGCUCGACAUGCACUUGCGCGUUCUCCAGCCAUGGGCCUCCCUCUCCGAUCCCAAAGGCAGCCCCGCCGCCGUUUCCAUCUUGGCCGACUAUCCGGCCUGCGCUCCGGUACAGGUGACUGUCCGGGCGCUAAAGAACAGGCACUGGCGCGUUGCCGCCAUCUCGUGUCUCUCGACCCUCUUCGUCCUGAUUCCCGUUCUUGCCGGCGGCGUUUUCAUGGCUCUGACUACCGCCAGCCCAGUCGCGGGAACGCAGGAUCUCGAAGUCAGAAUGUUCCCGAACCGGCCGGGUUAUUACAUCCUUCUGGCCCUGCUCGUCCUCUACCUUGUUGCGCUGGCGUCCUUGUUCCCCGGCCGCCGCGCCAUGCGUAUGCCGCACGGCGUGACUUGCCUGGGCGAGAUUAUCGGGUUCCUGGUGGUCGGUGUUGCCGGUGCCGGGGAUGGAGGUCCCUGGGUUGGUGGUAAUGGUGCCGGAAGGGAUGAUGAAUAUGGCAAUGGGGACGGGGCUGGGUUCCUGAAGCGGUGCUUGGGGAGGGAGGAGAUGCUGAGGAGGCUGGGCGCAGGCGCGGACAUGGCGGUCGAGAUGCAGACCAGGUGGGUGUUCGGGUUUGGCGGGGAGCCCCCCGCCGCCGGCGAGGACGGCGCAGAGUUGGGGGUCAGGCGGGUCAGACGGUUUACCGAGAAGAGGAGGGUGAGGAAGAGCCAGAUCCGAAGGAGGGGGUUCGUCGGAUGGUAGCUGAGGAUUCUCGGGGCGAGGCACGGGUUUCAAGCCGAGUACAAGGCAAGCGGUGAUGAUGAUGAUGUGACGAGAGACAAAACGGAUGCCGACGACAAUCAGGAAUGGGUGGCUUUGUGUGUUUCUCUCUUUCUCUUUGCUUUUACAUGCAUGGCAACGGCGAACGCUUGCGGGGUUUUCACGGAGUUUCCGGCGCCAAUGGGGAUGGAAUGGGCAUCCUUGAUGACUCCAUAAUGGUUUCGAUGCUACAUGAGGCGUAAGGGCUACACAUUCAGAAUGGAUGGUAUUUGGAUGAUUCAAGGGAAACAUCUGGCUGCCCUUUCAGAGGGAAGAGAUUAUAGGAGAGCCAUCACAUACAUCGCCUGCCGUCACCAGCUACCAUGAUAGUCGCUUAUAACGAAUAAUGAUGUUGUUUUUUCGCGAUGUAUAUAGAUUGGCACUGUUUGUGAUUCAGCCUUCUUGGAUUGUCCGAUCCCUU